AUGUCACAGCCUCUGCAGUUUGCUCCAAGACUACUACCACUACUACUACUACUACUACUACUACUACUACUACUACUACUACUACUACUACUACUACUACUACUAAUUCCAUUUCUACUACCAUUUCAGACCGUGCGACAUGGCUUCCCCUACCAGCCCACCGCCAUCGCUUUCGACCCCAUACAGAGGAUCCUGGCCGUCGGCACCAAGCAGGGCUCCAUAAGAAUCAUCGGUCGGCCCGGGGUGGACGUCCAUGUGAAGCACGAGGGCGACCCGGCGGUGGUGUGCCUGGCCUUCCUGAUCAACGAGGGCGGCCUGGUCAGCGCCACAGGGGAUGAUUCUUUGCACCUGUGGAAUAUACAGCAGAAGACACCGCAGAUUGUACACUCACUCAAGUUCCAGAGGGAGAGGAUCACCACGCUCCACCUGCCCUUCCAAAGUCGCUGGCUGUACCUUGGGACGGAGCGCGGCAACAUCCACAUUGUCAACAUUGAGAGCUUCACCCUCAGCGGCUACACCAUCAACUGGAACAAGGCUAUUGAGCUGUCCCGCAAGACCCAUCCUGGUGCUGUGGUCCAUCUAAGUGACUGCCCUGUGGAACCUGGGAAGCUCCUGAUUGGCUACGAGAGCGGUCAGCUUGUCUUGUGGGACUUCAAAGGGCGCACCGCUGAGGUUCGCUACCAUUCUGCCGAACCACUGAGGUCCCGCAAGAUCCAUCCUGGUGCUGUGGUCCAUCUAAGUGACUGCCCUGUGGAACCUGGGAAGCUCCUGAUUGGCUACGAGAGCGGUCAGCUUGUCUUGUGGGACUUCAAAGGGCGCACCGCUGAAGUUCGCUACCAUUCUGCCGAACCACUGAGGACUCCUGUGACAUCAAGAUCAAGGUCAAGAUCAACGGAAGUAAACAGAGCGACGCUGCGGAGUCUGUCACGCCGCCCACGCCCACACAGUGCCCCCACGCCCAUCCAGUGCCCCCACGCCCACACAGUGCCCCCACGCCUCCACGCCCAUCCAGUGCCCCCACGCCCACACAGUGCCCCCACGCCCACACAGUGCCCCCACGCCUCCACGCCCAUCCAGUGCCCCCACGCCUCCACGCCUCCACGCCCAUCCAGAAUCACACCCAAGCUUACCCAUGUCAAGUUUACCUGUUUCCGUUCACCGGUGAUGAGGUUUCAGGCCCCGGUCCACCUCCGCAGCAGCGCUCCACAGGGCCGCCAACAUUACAACAGUUCAGAGUGAGGGCAGUUCUUACCUCAAUGACCUCUCUCAGGUGUCUGCUACGGUGGUGAACCUCCUGCUCCAAACCCAGGAGCAGAGUGAGUCGGAGCUCCAGGACGCACAUGACCAGAUCUCAGACGCACACAGGCAGAUCAGCGCGUACAUGGCACAGCUGGAGGACGCACACAGGGAGCUGGAGGUGUACAAGGACCAGCUGCAGCGAGCGUCUUCCCAGAUCGAGGAGAUGAGGGAGAGAGGGAGGGAGGAGGAGAGGGAUGAGGAGGAGGAGGAGGAGGAGAGGCGGAGGAAGGAGGCAACACUGAAGGAGGAGCAACUAGAAGGCAAAAUUAGAGCGAGAAUCGAGGAAGAGAGAGAGAGAAUCAAAGCAAGCUACGUCGAGCAUUGUGUGCUGGUUAUCCCUUCUCCGGCUUGUGACCCUUCGCGUCCCUCACUUGGGAGCAACAUUUCUCCCUUACGAGACGCUGCAGUAGUAAUUGUAAUAGUUAAGAGCCCCCUCCCCCAUGCAUCCCCUCCCAUGUUCCUACUCUCCUCGCGGCUCUUAAUUAAGGCCGUGAGCUUAAGCGUCUCGGCGCCUCGGUUCGCCUGUAUGAAGAGCCUCUGGAACUGCUGGGAUUUCCAUGGAGUACUUUGUGACCCUAGUGAUAGUCUCACCCAAGGUAAAUAUAGUCUACCAAGAACAGGAAAACACCCCACAUGAAAACCUUCCCUGUGGCCGUGGGAAACAGUCGUAGUGGGAGCAGGAGACGUGUAAGAGGCUCUCGUAGAAGUUGCCGGGAUUUCCAUGGAGUAUUUUGUGACCCUGGUGAUAGUUUUACGUGACUUCUUCGCCAGGAACAGGGAAAGCACCCAGGCCUUGUGCCUUGGGAAAUGUCGUAGCGGGAGCCCAAUGACCAUCUUGUAAUGUUGGUGACAGCCUGACACAACUUCUUGGCCAGGAUCACAGGAAAACACUCCCCGUGAACACCCGGUCUAUCUUCUCUGUGGCCUGCCAGCUUGUUCAUUAAAUGGAAAUUGUAGCGGA